CUUUGGCUUUGUUAAAACGAAGCAUGUUCUAAAGUGGUUUGGAAUGUUUUACUUUGUAUUUGCAGGUAGAAGAAUUUAUGGCAAAUUAUACAGUAAAUUGUCGUCCUGAUCGUCCGUUGUAUGCCGGCCUCCUCGGGCACUCGGCACGGGGAUUUGGCUCCGUAAUGAAUAACGCACUGGGCGCGUACCAAGUCGCUGUUGCAGCUGGUCGCCGGUUCCAGCUUGUCUCUCACCACUGGGAAUACGAAUCUCUUGCAACAUUCUUCGAAGACUUUGCAAUUCACACCGCGUGUCCGUUGUUUGACGAGCUAUCCGAUCCAGAGGCCGAUGCUUUAUUAAAAAAUCAGGACGCAUAUAGCGCAUCAUAUACCAAAGGAACAGUGGCCGUUACGGGAAACUUUGAUGUGGCUCCGCUGCAUCUUACUCAGCGAUUCCAAGACUUGCACGAUAUACUGCAGAAGCUGUACGACACGGAUCGUGACGGCUCAUUCUUGACGAAAUCGUUGCUCACCAAAGCUAUGUGGCAGUUGCGAUCAGAGCUGCGUGAUUUUGUCAAAGUAUUAUUGUAUCCCAUUAUCACCGCUGGCGGGUUCAUUGGUGUGCAUAUGCGGAGAACCGAUAAGAUUUCGCUUAAAGAAAUGGGCGACAUCCCCGUUCAACAUUACGCCGAUAAGGUCAACAGCAUAGCCGAAAAUAAGUCGUUGCCGAAAGUGGUGUAUAUCAUGACCGACGAGCGAUCAGCCUAUGAUGAACUGGAAAGGUCACUGGCCAAUACUUCGUACAGUAUUUAUGGUUUUGAAUCGUUGAUCAAAUUACGCAAUUUUGAACCGACAGAAAUAUUUGACCGUCCAAUGGAGCAGCUUAACCAUAGUGUCUCGUACACGGACAGGGACUACUGGAGCAAACAAACGGGACAGUUAAUAGUGGAGCUGACGAUACUAUCUUUAGCGGAUGACGUUGUUUGUACGAUGAGUUCGAACCUUUGUCGGUUUCUUGCCCUUUUACGAGGUGCCCGAGAAGGGACAAUACAUUCCUUAGAUUCAUGUUGGGGUCCUUUGUGAAAAUUUUGUUCGUUAAACGAAAUUUCAACCCUAUCAAAGACAUUCCGCAGUUGGCAAAAG